AUGACUUCUCAAUUGCCUUCGGUGCCUGUAAAGCACAAGGACUUCGUCCAACAUAUCCAGUCCCACCAGAAGACGCCCAUCGAGGAACUCGUUAAGCCUUAUAAUGACUAUGAUGCUUCAGCACGGAAGAUUUAUGCGCAAGACCCAGCUCAUACUUUGCUGAAGAACAACCAUGCUAACAUUGUCCCUCUUUAUGAUGUUAUGACUGGAUCUACAGAUAUUCGUGUUCGAGCGCGAAAUCUGAGUUCAGAAACACCUGAACACAAGCAGAAGUACAUCUUACCUCUCUCCACCGACAAGCGCCGAGCCGAUGGCUCGCCUGCUGUUGUUCCCACGCUCGAGGAGUUUCAAAACAAUUUCGCACUUUUCACCGAAGGUGCAUUGGGCGAACUCGACUGGAGUAAUGUGAUUGCUGCUGGCAGUGCUGUUGUGACAUCUCUCUUGCCUGUGCCAGAACAGUAUCGCAAUUCCAAAAGAGGUCUCCGUCAAUACUACCAUGAUGAGUUUGCACCAGCCUCGGAUGUAGAUUUGUUCUUGUAUGGGUUGACCGAGGAGCAAGCCAUUGAGAAAAUAAAACAUAUCGAAGACAAGAUCCGCAACACGAUCUUGUACGAAACGACAACUAUCCGCACAAAGAACACGAUCACAAUUGCAUCCCAGUACCCCAACCGCCAUGUCCAGAUAGUCCUUCGAAUCUAUCGCUCCGUUGCCGAAAUCCUCACCGGAUUCGAUGUGGAUUGUUCCUGCGCAGCCUAUGAUGGUCAACAAGUUUAUGCAUCUCCUCGAGCCAUCGCGGCGUACAUCACGCAGACAAAUCAAGUAGAUCUCACGCGUCGAUCUCCUUCGUAUGAAAACCGCUUGUCCAAAUACUCCCAUCGUGGCUUCGAAGUGUUUUGGGCCCAACUUGACCGGUCGAAGGUCGAUCCAACUAUUUUUGAAAGGAGCUUUAUGCGAACUGAAGGACUCGCACGACUUUUGGUCCUCGAGAAGCUCCCAAAACCAGGCGACCGUGACGAUUAUCUGAGGAAGAGACGCGAAGAGCGAGGAAGGCCUGCUCUCAGUGUGUAUUUACAGCGUCGUCAAGGCAAGGAGUUGCGAGGCAAUAUCAAAGACGACUGGGAAGAUGAAGUCCCGGAAUGGCAAGAAGAGGACCAAAUCUCAGACUACCAUACAUUUACCAUUCCUUACGGGCGGAGAUUCAACGCACGGAAGAUUGAGAAGCUCCUCUACACGAAAGAUCUGCUUCUUAACGCCCAAUGGAAUCAGAAAAAGGAUCGCAAAGUUUAUCUUCAUCGCCACCCUGCAUUCUUCGGUGAAGCUGAACAUGUCAUUGGAGACUGCUGUGGUUCCUGCCCCGAGCCAGUGACCGACGAAGAACUAAAAGUGGCAGAAGAGGAGAGCAAGAUAUACAUCUCUGGCAACAUCAUCUUCAUCAAAGACAAUCCCGGUCGUCAAGAAAUUGGCAGUUUCAACCCAAUCACCGAGACCGACUGGACAGAAAUGGCGUACAUUGGUCGUACCGAGUUGCUCUGCCAGGCAAUUGUCUCGCAUAACCUGGAAUCUGUGAAGAAUUUCCUUGACCAGGAGGACUCAGAUCCAAAUCGCCGAGAUUACACUGGACGCACUCCUCUGCAAUUGGCCUGCAUGGCCUCUACUCCAGAGAUUGUUCAAUGCCUCGUUGAUCACGGUGCGAGACUUAUCGCUCGGAUGGCAGAUGGCCAGACCGCAUUGCAUCUAGCUGCUGCGAGGGGCGCAACUGAGAUUGUUCGCAUUCUACUCAACAAGAGCAACCAGAACGAGGAGGCAGAGGGUCAGAAACUUGCAAAUACGAAGGCCGCCCCCAAGGAAAUCGAUGGUGAGAAUGAUGAAGACGAUGCCGCCCAUGACGAUGACGCAUCGCAGACAUCUGCCUCGUAUGUCAAGGUGGACAAAGACGAAACGGACGAAGUGGGACUAACCUACAACACAAUUGAAGAGAACGGGCUGGACCCGGACAUCUACGACCUUAACGUCGCCGCCUGGGACAAUUUAGCAUCGCCCCUGCAUCUAGCAAUCCUUCAUGGGCAUGUGGAAACUGUCGAAGAGCUCGUUACAUCUUUUGGCGCUGAUGUUUUGUUGCCAAUCAAGAUUACGUCUGAAUACGACAAGCGACCGAGAGGGGCAAUCAUGACUUUGGUGCUGGUGCUAUCCCUCCCCUUGGAUAAAGCAAGAGAGAUGUCAAAGACUCUGUUGAAGCUCGGUGCUUCGCCUGCCCAAGCCGACAUGUACCACCAGACUGCGCUUCAGUACAUCGCUCAGUCCGACUAUAACGACCUUCUUGACAUCUACCAAGAGCAUGACGGUCCAGGAAUGCAGCGAGCAAUCAGCCACCUCUCAGUCCAUGGCACCUAUUACUCUGUUCCAAACUCUACUUUCGCCUCGGCUUUAGUGAAUGCUUUAUGUGCGAAAAACCAGGUUGGAGCCAAGAAGCUUCUCGAACUAGGUGCUAAACCUAGUAAUGAUCUGGCGGAUUGGUUGCAGGCGGUUAAAUCUCAGGUGCCUGAUGCAGUGCGAUAUGGUAGAGAGGCGAGCCUCGCGGAAGCCCAGCCCAAGCAGCCUAUUGUCUACGCCAUCCAAAACGAUCUAGCAAUGGUCGCUAUUGAUCUCCUGAAACGUGGCGUCGAUCCCAACACGAUGCAAAAACAAAGAUACGAUCGUGAAGAAACACUUCUAGAUUGCACAAAUCGAUACUUAAAGGAGUUGCAGGAUUCUCUGAAGAAAGAAGAUCCUUCAUGGCACCGCACAUAUGGUGUUCCAGAUCCCGUCAUCUUGGCACAACACGAUCGCUCAUAUUUCACAGAAUUCGAUGAGGGUAGUUACAAAAUGUUCGCUGCGAGAGGCCAGCUAGAGAAGGCAAAGGAAAACAACAAGAAGGCCGAACAGAAAGAAGCGGAAGACAAGGCAAAAUCGUCCGAAGACAAGCCGGGCGAGGCAGAAAGGAGAGCAGCAAUCAUCGGGAUGAUUGAUCAAUAUGAGUUGCUAAAAUCCGAGUUAUUAUCCCGAGACGCAAAGACUUGGGAAGAGCUUCACCCCGGGGAAACACGGGAGCCUGAGCCUGAAAAUCAUCGAAACUGGAGAAAUCACACGAAGAAACCUUCCGCGAAGGCAUUCAAGAUCAAGUUCUUUAGUUCACUUUCGGGUCUUUCUGAUAUUGCGCAUGAAGGAUAUGUGAAACUCUUCGAGGCUGCAUGGAGGGGAGAUCUGGACACCAUCAAAUCUCUCACCCUCAGCAUGUGGGGACCAGCUAAGGACCAACUACCGCUCCAUAUUUCCAAAACAGAUUCCUUAGGGCUCAACUGUCUUCAAAUUGCCAUCUUCCGAGGCCACCUUCGCAUUGCAAAGGCCAUAUUGCAAAUACUUCGGACGCAAUACAAAAUAAAAGAGUAUGACGCUCAUCAACACUUCGAGAUGGACAUCGACUCAGACAACGAAUCUUCCGAUGGCGAGAGUCUCAACAUUGUCGGUCAUGCUGUGGAUGAGAAAUUCACAUAUGACAAUGUCGGAGAAGUUGCGAGCCAAGUUGAGAGCGAAGUGUCACCACUUCAAGCGUUGGAGCAAAAAUGCCCCGUCCAAUUAUUUUUGGACGAGGAACUGCCCCCAAGGGAUACCUUUCGCCUUGUGGGUAUGAAUCAUUGGAGUAUGUCGCAUCAUCUGCUGGUUAGCAACCUUUUCCAAUAUGCAAUUUUUAAGAACGAUGUUCGGCUACUGGAGUGGCUUCUAAAUGCUGGGCACGAGUGCGUGAGGAGUGAUUCUUCCAGCAAGACACCAUUCACUCUUGACCAAGAGGAACUUCAGCUUGCAAUGUCCCUGGGGCAUACUGAUUGCCUCGCCAUGCUUAUCAAAAGUACUGCCGUGGGCCUUCCGCUCAUGAAGCUGAGUGAAGAAUCUGGGAUUCCUGCCUGCGAGGAGCCCCACUAUUACCAGGGCUUGUCAAUUCGAGGCCAGAAACGCAAAGACUGGGCAGAUUCUGGACGGCCAGAUAAUUCCAGCGAAGUCGAGAGCCCCAGUCGCCCGCCUCUCCUUAUUUCCGCGUUACGAGGAAGCUUAGCCAGUACUGAGUGGUUUCUUGGCACAGCGCCCAGUCGUUACUAUCUGGAAUAUGUUCAUGCGCACUCGGAAGACGAGAAUGUCAAAAGAGUUGCCGAGUCUACGCUGGGUAUUGACGCAACUGUUCUCAAAUGGCUCCAAUCUCGAAAUAACCUUGUCCUUCACUGCGCAGUGAUGGCUCGCACUUCUGAAGAGUCAGAGCAACUGGUUCAGUAUCUCGUUGACCAACACCCGGAAUGCUUGGAAGUACGAUCAUCGGAGGGCCACACGCCGCUCGCACUAUCGAUUUCACUUCAGAAGGUUAAUUUUGCGCGGAUCCUGAUCAAAGCCGGUGCUAACCAAGCCACUCGGGAUAACCAAAAACGCAAUAUCCUUCACUUAGCAGUAUGCUCCAUUUCGGACACAGCGAGCAGGGUGCCGGAAAGGAUCCGUCAGUUGGUUGACUUGAUGGACGAAGAACUUGUAUCCAACAUGCUUAUGCAACGUGCGGGUGAAAGUUCACAGACCCCCUUUGCACGAUGGCUCAGUAGAUAUCCAUUUGACCUUUCCGUCGACGCCAGGGACAAGGACGAGACUCGGUCAAUCACACAAGCCUUCUUAGAUAUGGGACAAGCUAGCAACCAAAAGUUCUUGGAACUGCUAGAUGGCACAGGCAACACGCCUGUCUAUGAGUGUGUGAAGCGAGGCUUCCCUCAAGUGCUAGAACCAAUUUUGGACCGACGACCUGACCUUCUCUACCGAGAGAACGCCACCGGAAGCACACCACUUGACAUGGCCGUGGAUGCCUGGGUUAAUGCGACGACUCGCAAGGUUCCCCAGAUUUCCGUCACGUCAAAUCGGCACACCCAGCGGCAUAGCCAGUGGCAAAACAUCACCGCGCACCGACCGGAGCACUUUAUCAAAAACAAGGACGGUAGAACAAAGGUACAAAUUAUGCUUGAUCUCUGUCAUAAGCGAGCACAGAAGGGUGCUCAAAAAAGGAAACUCGUGACUCUUUUCGAAGCUAAUGAAGUUGCCAAACGUUUGGCUACGAAGAGAAAUGACGGCGAAGAGAAUGGUCAUAGAGUAAACCGAUAUGGCAGGCGCAUCGGCCGCGAAAUUAACAAAUAUCGAGAAGACAAGGACAGUAAUCUCGAUGAAGUUGCUCUAUGGGCGGGAAUGGCUUCGAACUGGGAUUAG